CCAUGCUGGCCCAUAGGUUUGUGACGGUGCGUCGGGGCAGCCCUGCAGCCCGGUCAGGUCAGAUCCAGCCGGGUGACCAGCUAGAGGCAGUGGAGGGACGGUCCGUUGUCACCCUGCCUCACAGAGACCUGGCACAGAUAAUGAGACGGGCCGGAAACACACUCAGACUCACCAUCAUACCAAGACUUAACACCAACUCCUCUAAUCUGUCAGAAGGCCCAGAGUUAGAGGCUGACGGCAGGACAAGGAAAGGCCACAGACGGAGGCCCAAGCAGCAGGACCAGCGUUACUAUAGUGUAGACCUAGAGAGAGGUCCUACAGGUUUUGGCUUCAGUCUGCGGGGGGGCAGUGAGUACAACAUGGGCCUGUAUGUCCUGGGACUGAUGGAGGGAGGACCUGCCUCGCGCAGCCACAAGAUACAGGUGAGUGACCAGCUGGUAGAGAUAAAUGGUGACAGUACAACAGGAAUGACCCACAGCCAGGCCGUAGAGCAGAUAAGAAGAGGAGGACAUCGUAUACACCUGAUACUGAAGAAAGGAAACGGAUACGUCCCAGACUAUGACCAUGAUCCCAGAUCAGUCUCCUUCUCUCUCUACCCAGAGGAUGCGGGUGUGGCUGCAGUAGAUAAGACGCACUCUCUGCCAAGGAAGAGCGAAAGGGUGGAUAGAGGAGGAGAGAGGCAGAGUAAAGGAGGUAGUCUGGGGGGAACGAGGAGCAGAGGAGGAGGUACUCCUGACACAGACCUGGAUUGGCCCGAGGAGGGUCAGGUGGUCAGCCACAGAGGUCAGAGUUUAGGGGAUAAGGACAACGGGAAACGCACCCAGAGUUUACCCAAGAACAGACAGGAAGUGGAGGAGGAGGUGAGGCCCAGCGAGGCCAAACAGAGGUCAAAACAGCAGAGGAGCAGGGAAAUGCAGAGUAAGAGGGAAAAGAACAGGAGAGAGAGGGGAGAUGAGACAGAGGAGCUUCCCAUCAGAAACCCAGGUGAAGGUAAGAGGGAAGGGGGGAGGAGGGAGAGAGAGGAUUCUGGACCUGCAGAGAGAGCUCUCUUCUCCUUCCUCAAGCCGCUGCAGGAGGGAGAGGCUGAGCUGUCCAAUGCGGAAUCAGGGGAAACAGGGACUGGUGGGGACAGCUUCUCUGACCAGGUCAGCCUGUCUGCAGCUAGCAUCUUCGGUUCCACCGCCCAAGACCCCAGGGACCAGAGAGGAAACCCUUGGAGCACCCAGUCAUGGCUCCGGGCCAACCAUGCAUCCCACACCCCAGGCCCCUGGAGCAGCACACAGCCACAGAGGGCCACCGACAACAGUCCCUGGAUUAAACCUGACCUGCAGACGUCUCAGGUUUUGGUGGGAUACAGACUGACAGGAAACAGGCUGAGAGAAGGUCUUGACCUGUAGAUGAUAUAUAAUCCUGGUUAGAGGUUUCAUGGAUUAUUUCCUCGUUUUAAUUCCAGAAUUUGUCCAACCAGGAUUUCUAGAAAACCCUGACCACUGCACCACCCAAUCCCCCUGUUAACCCACCUCUUGACUAGGACCCAUCAUCAUAACCCUAUGACUCUACCUACCUAACACCAUUGCCUAUAGAAGUCCACUAUCACAUUGGAUCUAUAUCAUAAUGAGUGGUAUUAUCUUCAACAUAAUCAUUGUCAUCACAACAUUUUUUAUAAUGGAUAUGCAAGUAACAACAACAUCUCCUCAUUUCAACCCUCUCUACAAACCAGACAGCAGCUACAUCUCCUCAUUUCAACCCUCUCUACAAACCAGACAGCAGCUACAUCAAACAUCUCCUCAUAUCAACCCUCUCUACAAACCAGACAGCAGCUACAUC